CAUAGUAAAAUACAAGUAUACAAGUCAAAUGUCCAACUGGUAAAUAGCCUCCAAGAACGAAAAACAAUUUAGUUGAAUUUAAAUGAAUCAUUCUUACGUUACAAAAACAUUUCUUGCCUUAAAAUGAAACAAGUUUUUCUUUCUUUUCAAGAGCUUCAUCAGAACUCAUGGCUAAUUCCCUCUGCUCUGUAAAUUUUGACACCUGAGUUUGGUUUUAUAGCUUUUGAGAUCAGAGUCUGAGGUCACUUCACAGACACACCUCUGUCGUGUCACCGAAAAGCCACUAGAGGCACUAGAGGCACAACAACAAGUAAAGGUUUUCAAUACAAAAUCCACCAAAUAGUCUGUGGUCCACUUCCAUCCCAGGAGCCAGUGGUAAUAUUGUUGAUGAUUAUAAGUACUACACUGACAAUAAAUCCGACUGGGCUUAGAAAAGUGAAACCCUUAAAAGUUUUUAGACUGGGGAUUAACAUAGUCUAAACUAUGGAGACUUUAAACAGUUCACAGGUGGUCUACUCAAAGGCCUGCUACACAGGAACCAGGUUUAACUCUGGACUGUUCUCUAGUCAAUCACAGUAAGACGUAACAUUGAUAAACAGAGUGAAGUUCACACAUUGUCUGUGAUAUUUGGCACAAAUCUACUUCCAUAGUCACAGUCCAAGUUUCCAGGAGUGUGUGAUGUAACUGUUGAGUUCUGAGUGGAUACAGAGGAGUGGCUUUGGAGGAUGAAGAGGACAUGACCUCAGCUUCUUCUCUCUAGGGGUAUAAAACCAGACUAAAACACCAGAACCUGCAGAACAGGGUGGGUUCUCGUCACCUGGUUAUUUGGUGUAGGUUCAGUGAUGUCAUUUAUACUGUGAACAGUGAUUAUGUUCAAUUCAACUGGAUCUUUUUUUGUCCUGGGAGGCUAUUUACCAUUUGGUCAUUUGAAUUACUUGUAUUUUACAAUACUUGCAAUGAUCUACACGUCAAUAGUUGUUUCUAACACGUGUGUGAUUGUUGUCAUCUGUAUGAACAGGAGUCUACAUGAACCUAUGUACCUGUUCCUGUGCAGCCUGUUUGUUAAUGAACUGUAUGGAUCCACAGCUUUGUUUCCAUUUCUACUGAUCCAAGUUCUCUCUGAUGUUCACACUGUUCCUCGCUCCCUCUGUUUCCUGCAGGUUUUCUGUAUCCACACUUAUGGUAACAUAGAAAUAUGUAACUUAGCUGUGAUGUCCUAUGACAGGUAUGUAGCCAUUUGUUGUCCUCUGCAGUAUAACAGACGUAUGACCACUCUCAGAGCCUUGGUUUUCAUCACUGUUGUAUGGUUGUACUGUUUUGUCAGGGUUUUAAUCACAGUGGCUUUAAACUUGCGUCUGACGCUCUGUGGAAACUUUAUUGACAAAGUGCGUUGUGCUAAUUACCCCAUUGUUAAACUGGCCUGUUCUGACACCACAGUCAACAACAUCUAUGGUCUGUUUGGUACCGUCCUCUCAGUGGUCCUGCCUCUGUUCCCCAUGCUGUUCUCCUACCUGAGGAUUUUUAAAGUCUGUUUUUCUGGUAGUAAACAGACCAGACAGAAGGCUCUCAGCACCUGCUCUCCUCAGCUGGUCUCACUCGUCAACUUCUCCUUUGGUUGUUUUUUCGAAAUUGUUCAGAACAGGUUUGAGAUGAGAGCUGUUCCCAAAACUCUGAAAAUCUUCUUGUCUCUUUAUAUCCUCAUCAUCCAGCCAAUUCUGAAUCCUUUAUUGUUUGGAUUACAGAUGAGCAAAAUAAGAAAGUCCUGUAAACAUCUCUUCACUCAUAAAAAUAAAGUGACCUGUCACAUACAUCUGAAAAAGUGAGUCGGUCUUUGUAAUGUGUCAACUACAAAUGUUCCAGUCUCAUGUUCACUGCAUGAAGAUGUAUCACACAUUAAAAUACAGUAUGUGUAUUUAUCUGAGUAAAUGUAUGUUCUUAUUCAUAAGAGCCAUCAAACUAUUACAAUUUCAAUCUGAAUAACCAGCUCAUGAUUAAUUAUGAUUAUCACUGGAACAGACAGACCGAUAUCAGCAGGUAGAGGUCAGUGUUUCCCAUCUGUUUUUAUCUGUGAUUCAUCCAAAUGAUAGAGUUAUAAAUCUGGACAAAGGUCCAUAAAAGUCUCCAACAGUCUCAGUGAAAAUGUCUCUGGACUGAAGUCCAGACGUCUACAGUCCUGAAAAAUAACUGACACUGUUGUGUCAGUCAGGCUGCUCACAAGGCGGGCCGCUGACCUGAGGUUGAGGCACCCACCAACACAGUUGAUAAUGGGAUGUUAAGCUAAAAAUGUUUACGACAGUUGCAUUGGUGGAGGGUGGAACAGUUGGAUAUACAGUCCUAUGUGUCAAAAAUGUUAAUUUUAUAACCUUAAUUAUAAUUAAUUAUUUAAUACAAUAACAAGUUUAAUUUUGACAGCCCUUGAUUUAACGACCAAGGUUUGCCAGAAAAAAAAUGUUGUUAU